AUGCGCGGCCGCCGAGUGAAUUAUCAUUUGAAGGAGGUCCGGCAAGUCGAGCAGAUUCAUGGCUUCGUUAAGCUUCAAAAUGAUCUUUCUCCGGCAACAUUACAUUCAGAAAUGAUGAUCCCGGACGAUGAGGUCAUGGUAAGGGACUGUGACAGUUCAGGUAGUGCUGAAUUAGCUACACUUUGUUCUUCCCAACUACAAGUCGGUGAUUCUGAUAACUGUUCACCGGUGAGCUUUAGUAAAAAUAACGAAGCGCGACAAACCAGGAUAGCUGCAAAUAAAGCUAGGGAUAGAAUUAAAAGAUGUUUC